UGCAGGUAUGUUGCAGUAAAAGUCGACAUUUUUUAAAGAUGUAAUCAUUUUGAAGGUCAAAAAUCAUCGACGUUUGCGUUUGCAGUCGUAAGAGCCACAGAACGCUAACUGACAAUGGGGCCUAACGAUUCGCUGAAUGUUUCUGGCGCCGAUGACGUCAUAUCCGCCGCCGAAGACGUGUCGGCGGAAUACACCACAGGUCAGAUGAUCACCAUUGGCGUCAUCGUUUCCAUAGUGAUGACCUUCAUCGUCCUUGGCAGCACCCUCGUCAUCAUCCUGUACGUCCUCGGCAAACGAAUAAAAAAACCGCGAAACGCUUUCAUCGUGUCUUUGGCCGUUAGUGACGUCAUGGUGGGAACGACCAUCAUGCCCUUCUCGCUGUCCAAUGAGCUGCUCGGUUACUGGGCGUUCGGGGAGACCCUGUGUGAUGUCUGGCUGGCCUUUGACGUGAUCGCGUGCACGGCGUCGAUCUACAAUCUCUGCGCGAUCGCGCUGGAUCGCUACUGGUCGGUCACCGACGCCAGCUACGUGCAGUACAAGAGUCGCGACCGGAUAAAGUGUAUGCUAGCCGCCGUGUGGGUCAGUGCGAUAGUCGUGGGGCUGCCACCUCUGUUCGGAUGGAAGGAGGAACAUGAUUGGGCACGCGAAGCCAAGCCGUUCUGCGAACUGAGAACCCUCCCCGAGUACGUCUUCUUCUCCGUCGCCCUCUCGUUCUGGGCGCCGCUAUUGGUCAUGACGGUUCUCUACUUCAUGGUCCUCCGGGAGACCAAGAAGCGCUUCGCGGCCAGGCUGCAGCGCAGGAAGAUCUCCGAGGAAGUCACGAGAAGAUACGCGGUGAAACGCGCCCGCCGCUCGGCCGUAUCCAGAGCCAAAGCCGCUGACAUCGCCAGGAACAGGCGCAAAUGUAACGCAAUGGCACCAGGUACACCAAGGCCGAUUCCGAAACGGAACCAGCGUGUUCUGGUCAAAUGUUCCCCCGUGCAAGACGCUUUCUCUGUGAGUGAGCUUUCCGACUUCAACCUCGACAUUUUGUACGAGGCAGAAGAGAUCGAAUCAAAGCCGAAAGCCCAGAGUAACACAUUCAAAGUUGUGUCCCACGUUGUGAAAGGCAGCAGCAAUGCAAACACAUCACCAAGCGGUAAAACGAAUCUGCAUGACUGCGAAGGUAUUCGCAAUAAAUUCUGCUCAGAUGCACCCAAAAGCCCUGGCCUCAAUGGUAAUGAUGAAAACAAGGUCUCGUCUAUGACCAAUAGCCUAGAGGAAGAACAAAACUCAUGUGUCAAAGUUGGCUGUAUGUCGAUGAUUGGAAGACCCACUGCUCCUAACUUGAAACAGGAGACCCGUUUGAAUAUGGUUAUUGGCUUGGUGAUGGGUACGUUUGCCGCUUGCUGGCUGCCUUUCUUCGUGGUGUACCCUCUGUCAGUUGUGACCGAAUCAUUCGUUCCGGCCAUACUCUUCAAAUUCUGCUUCUGGCUAGGGUACUGCAACAGCGUUCUAAACCCCAUCAUUUACACGGCCUUCAAUCAGGACUUCCGGGAAGCUUGUACGGAAGUCUACCGGAAAUUCUGUCAGAGAAACCGCGAGGGGCGAUGAUUUGUGAUUGGCCAAAAUCAAACUUGAUUAGAGGUAGUAUACA